AAAAAUGAUGAACAACCAAUGUUCGAAAAGAACGAGAAAGGGCCAAUCCAUUUAUUGAAGAAGAAAAGGCGAACUGAAGUGAAAUGAAGAUAGAUAUUUUGGUAUUAAGCCGAUUGACGUCAAUCGGAUUGUCAGGGAAAGCAGUAUGGAAGUAGUAACUCAUACGAGAUAAAAUAAAAUUUCUUUGUGAGUUACUUACAAUGUGCGUUAUAUAAGUAAUAAAACAACAUAAUUAUAACGGAAAAAUAUCUUUAAUUCAUGCAAAAUAUCCUAUCAAAAGGAUUUCACGUAGUUCUGUAUUUGAAAUAAUAUAAGCAGUUAUUGCAUAAAGAAAAAAUACACCAAUAAGUAUUCCAAAUCCUAAUUGAAAACAAUCAUAUGCAGAAAUAAAAUGAAAGUAAUUGAUUGUGGUCGAGGAUUUUUUUCUUUCUUUUUCGAUUGGCAGCUAAUUGAGUUCCUUUGAUGAGAAAAAUCUAUGGUAAGGUGAGAAAUAUAAAUAACUUUCAUCUGUUAAAAUUGAAGCGCUCUGGUAUUUCAGUAGAAAUUGAGCAAAGACUGCAAAUAAGAAGUAAAACAUCGAUAAUUUGUGCAACGAGAUUGGAAGCCAUCAGAUAAUUGGGAAGCAGUACAUCUUAAAAAGAAGAGAAAAUAGCUGUCAUCGUUCUAAAUAUAGUUGCUACAAGUGCAGGAAAAAGCAAUCUAUAAAAAACAACGAACAAAGCAUUGUGUAACUUCUCCAAUGCGACUCAUAUCAUUAUGACGAUAGAUGUUAGAAUUUAGAAUCAAGAACUCGCCAACAGAAACUAAGCAAUAAAGUGAGUAUAGAUUUUUUUAUUGAGAUUCAAUCGAGGUUUAAAAAUAAUAGGAUGAGAAAUAAUUAACGUAUUAGUAACUGUAUAAUCAGGAAUUCAGAAAAGAAGUAAUUUUCCCAGCGAUAUCCAUUUAUUUGGUUGGCAACAAUAAAAUAAUUUAUAAGAAAUCCAUCAUCACAAACAAGAAGUUAAUUGCGAUUAUUUUUUCAACUAAGACAGAUUUUUCUCCAUUAAGGCAUAUCGGGUAAAUAUGGAUUAGCAUUUGAAGAAGUAAAUACCAGCCAUUUCUCUGAUAUGGUUUAAUCAAUAGAGAAUAAUUUGGUAAUUUAGGAGUAAUGCUUCACAGGUGAAUUACCAAGGAUCUAAGUACGAGUAGCUUGUUCUGUAAAAUCCAUUUCAUUCGAUUGAGAAUUAAUUAGCAAUUCAGAAGCAAUACUGUACAGGUAGGAAGUCAAAGAGCUCAGCACGAGUUACUUGUGCUGUAAAAUCCAUUUCAUUCGAUAGAGAAUUACUUAAUUAUUUAUAAGCAAUACCAACAGUAAAAGAACGACUUAAACAAGAGAAGUUAGUUCCUUAAGAGUCGUUUCUUGUGCUUUAAAGAUAAUCGGAACGCAGUAGAUCAGCGAUAACCACAAAACAAUAAUGUGCCAUUAAUUUGCCUGGUGUGCUUUUGCCAUUAACAAUAUUUCAAAAUGGUUGAGAUGAAAGGUUUGGAAGAAAACAGGGGAAUCGCCCCGAGACCGGUGGAAAGCGAUGGAUUCAUGACCCAGCCAGAUGCAGUCCAGGAUCCGCCACCAAGGAGGACCUUUCCCACCUCCAGGAAGGAUGUCAUUGAUAUCCUCUGCACAACGCUCAACCAAGACCUGUUAAUAGCGAAAACGUUCUACUUCUUCUUCUUCUCCGCCUUCGGGUCCCUGUUUCCGUUGCUGGCUGUCUACUUCAAGCAGAUGGGGAUGAAUCCCACCCAGAGUGGGCUGCUCAUUGGCGUCAGGCCAUUUGUGGAGUUCCUGGCUGCUCCGUUUUGGGGCAGUAUGGCGGACAGAUUUCGGAAAGGCAAAAUCAUGUUGCUGUUCUCCCUCCUCUCCUGGAUAGUGUUCACUUUGGCACUGGCUUUCAUCCAGCCUCCUGCCUCUUCGUGCGUCCUUUACAACGAAACCCACCACGUCCUGUUUGUACCCGAAAAGUCGUCAAACAAUCCUCGCUUCAAGAGAGAUGUCCUGCUGAACAUGGACGAGUACGAUCCGCUGUACGAAGACCAGGACCUCAUCGACCAAGCUAUGGCUGUCCACUAUGCCAGAACAGGAAAUGAAGGCUCUUACCACCAGCUCGACAUGAACGAAACGUACGAGGACAUAAUCGACAAUCUCGACGAAGAAGAUAUUGGAAAUUGGCUCAUGGGCAUACGCAAGAGAAAAGACAGCGAAAUAGAGCUUGAGACAGCAGACGAAAUCCUGGAAAGCAAGCGCGAGGACAAAAAAGAAGACCAGAAAGACAAAGACAAGGAAGGCAAGAGCAAGGAUGGCAAGUCCAACAAAAAAGGAAAAGACGUACCGUUUGUUGUUGGGAAGUCCCCCAAUUCCGUGGAAUACACCCUCAAUUACAACCAGGACAAGCACACGUCUUACGUAACGCCACGUUUCAGCUCUAUUGUCUACAAGUCCGAAGAUGUCCAAGAGGUUUUCUUCCUCCUGGUCUUGCUGAUAGUUUUGGGAGAGUUCUUCAGUGCCCCAGCCAUCACUCUGGCUGAUUCAGCCACUCUUUGCUACUUGGCAGAUGACGCCGACAAUUAUGGUCGCCAGAGGAUGUUCGGAUCUCUGGGCUGGGGGCUGACCAUGUUCUUCGUUGGCAUCGCCUUGGACCAGUCCACGGCGUUUCCAGAUCACCCUUGCGACCCGCACGAGCGCGAACGCAACUACACCAUCUGUUUUGCGACGUUCUCUGUCCUGAUGGGGUGUGCCCUGAUCGCAGCCACGCAGUUUCGGUUCGAUUACGAGGCCAUCGAAGACCAGAUUCAGAUGAAGACGGUGGCGAUCAACGGGACUCAGCAAGUGAAGGGGAGCGCACUUCCCAGUUUCCUCACCGAGGGAACGGUCAUGGAUGACAGUCCGAUUCCACCACCUCCACCGCCAAAAGUCGAAGAAACUGCGCCGAAAAGUACGGUGUUCGCGCAGACGACCCGACAGUUACCGGAGUGGUUUUCUGUGCUGCGGACAUUCGCCAAUCUCCGCUACGGGGCCUUCCUCUACGUCACUUGGUUCAUGGGCUUUGGGAUCGGCCUCGUGUUCACCUUCCUCUUUUGGCACCUGCAAGAUCUCGGAGGAACGCCCACACUUUUCGGUGUGGCUUCGGUCAUCAAUCACGUGUCUGAAAUCUUUGCUUACUUCUUUAGUUUCAAGUUCAUCCGACAGAUUGGACACACUAAGGUAUUAUGCAUCGGUCUUAUUGGUAAUAUUUGCCGUUUUCUUUAUAUUUCCUGGCUUCGAAAUCCGUGGUGGGUUUUGCCAUUUGAGUUUGUACAAGGCAUCACCCAUGCUGCAGUUUGGGCUGCCUGCUGCUCUUACAUCACUCAAGCGACACCUGCCAAUUUGAGAUCGUCUGCACAAGGGGUCUUGCAAGGUCUACAUCACGGUCUGGGGAGGGGCUGUGGAGCAGUUAUUGGAGGAAUUUUCGUCAACUACUUCGGUACUCAAGUGACGUUUAGGGGCUAUGGAUUCGCCAGCUUGAUUGUGCUGAUCUUGUUCGUCUUUAUCAACUACUACCGGAAGGACAAGGGAUUCGCAUCUUUCCAGGAUGACCAAGAACCUGACACAGUCGUUGAAGAAACUGCCCACCUCGCGCCCCACGGAGUCCCAUCGAAUCCAAUGGCUCGUUCCCUCUCUAAACAGAAUCUAGGGCCCAAGACGGCCAACAGCAACGGCGAAGGAGGAGGGUAUGGCACUACUACAAGCACCACACCAGGAGGAUUUUUGGGCAUUCCUGGCGGCGGUGGGGGAGGAGGCGGGUAUGCAGGCGAGGGCCAAAACUACACCGCUGACUUCAACAUGAACCAAACUUGUGCAAGCCCUCCUCUGGAUACAAAUGUGGCCUUGACACGCCGGGCUCUAGCUGCAGCUUUCAAUCCCAAAGGCAUCCUGGCACAAGCCGCCAGCCCGGAAGCUUAUUUUGAGUACGAAUUCAUCAGGAGAGAUUUCCAGGCAUACGAAGAGGCGACGUCUUUCGCUGGCAAUAUCAACAAGAAUGUUGCAGCAAAGCACCAGGCAUUAGUCAGCCCUUCCCCCAGAACCACUUUCUACAAUCCUCAGCCCGAAAAUCGGAACGGCGUAGAUUACGAGUGGUAGAGAUGUUCGCCCUAUGUUACGACAGAAGAAUGUUCUUCAAAUGUUCUUUUUUAAAUGAAUGCCAUGCUGGACACCUCUGUGUGAUAACUGAAUGGGAGAAUAGUUAUGAUUUUUCUGAUUCAUGUAAAAUGUACAGUUCUAUUGCAGGCACUAUGUAAGAGUUGUCAUAUGAUUGAAGAUUAGACAUCGAUAAAUUUUGCGAUUUUGCGAGACAAAGUGUUGAACAUUGAGUAGAUAGGAAAGUUUUCAUG